UGACUUCAGGAGCUGUAAACAUCAAGUGAGCAAAGAAAAUCCUUUCUUGAUUCAUCUGCAUCAGUGAUAGACACAUACCAGUGUAAGGUCUGACCGUGAGAGAACAAGAUGGAAACUCUGUUUCUCUUCCUUUUCCUGAAAGUUAUUCAAGCUGAAGCCUUGUCUUGGACGCUUCAGGUGCCAUCUUCAGUUAAAGGCCUCCCUGGAUCCUGUGUGGUGAUUCCCUGCUCAUAUAACUACCCUGAUCCGAGGAAGACGGUCACUCAAUUCACUGGGACUUGGCAUGAGGACACAAAUAAGCUUAUCUAUCACCCUGUUGCCUCUGAAAUCACGCAGCAGUAUCAAGGUCGAACCGAGCUGCUGGGAGAUGUCAGACAGAAGAACUGUUCACUGAAGAUUGAUCCUCUUCAACAAAGUGACCGUGGGCCUUUUCACUUCAGGAUCGAAAUUGGAAACUAUGACAUUUUUUCUUACCUGCAGAACAAAGUCUCCAUUACAAUGAUAACUGAACCAAAUCCCAUCAAUUUCGCUGUGAAAGAGGAAGUGGAGGAGGGCGUAAAGGUGUCUGCGUCCUGCUCUGUGUCUCACUCCUGCCCCGCCUCUCCCCCUGUCUUCACCUGGAGUCACUCUGGACAAGAACAUUUCCAACCACAGCAGCUUGAAAAUGGCCAGUGGGAAGCAACGUCCACGCUGACCUUUCAACCCACCCGCACUGAUAACAACAAGCCUUUACAAUGCACCGUAACAUACAAGGGAGGGCAGCACCAGAAAACAUCCAAGGUCCUCAAAGUAAAAUAUGCCCCUGUGAACGUGAAGGUUGAACACAAGUCAAAUGCAAAGGAGGGAGAGGAUGUGAGGCUGAAAUGCACCAGUGAUGCUCACCCUGCCAGCAACUUUGAAUGGCGAAGUGACACUGGUGCUCAACUGCACAAGGGAAACCUCUACAUGCUGAAAAACGUCUCCAGACACACAGGUGCCCUGUAUUGUAUUGCCAUCAACAAAAUGGGACAGGGCAGAUCAAGCCCUGUUCAGCUCAACGUGUCAUAUGCCCCUGAGAUUAAGAACGUCUCUUCCUGCUCCUCGGAGGGGGAUAUGGUGAAGUGCAUCUGCAUUGUAGAGUCCAAGCCCUCCAGCAUGGUCCAUUUUUUGCUUUCUAACAGAGUCCUGUCAAGCACCAAGGUAGAAAUCAAUGGCCCUGUUACCAUCGGGACUCUGCAGGCAAACUUUGGAUCAUCUGGAUUUGUCCACUGUGUGGUAAACAACACGGUGGGAAAUGCCAACAUCACACUAACUUUACCGGAUAAAAGUGAGAUACCGACUCUUUAUUUUGCCAUCGCCAGUGGAGCUGCAGCUGUGAUUUUGGUGAUACUAAUAGUGGUGGCAGUGGUUAAGAAAUGGAAAGAGAUGUGCUAUGAUAAUGAACAGUACCCUAGCAAUGAUCAUAUAUAUGGCAACAUGGAGGUAUGUUAUGUUUUCUUUAUUGCUCAAGAGUUUUAUUUUAUUAUUUCCAUGCAUAAAAGAAGAGAGUAAGUUCAUCUUAUUUCUUAAACAGACUAAACGGACAACAGACAAUGAUGCAAUAUACGCCAAUACAUAAUAUGAACAAGAACAUUCCUGAUUGGUCCAGGAGAACUGCUGCAGUCCAUCUGUGUGUCCUCUCACUGAUGUGAUUAUUAUGUGGGUCAAGACAGUUGCAACUGUUGAUGUGCUAUUUUCUGUGCAGUACAUUUCACAUAUAUUCAGUUUACAUAUAUUUUUCAAAAGUAUUGUGUUUGAAAAUAAUCCUAUUACUCAUGAUCUUUUGUGUCUGCGUGUUUUUCUGUAGUCCAGAAACAAAACUUUAUUGCAGUCACCUGUUCUAUUUGUUGUUUUAGUGCUUUUUGUGAAGCUUUAUUGUCUGUUUUCUUGCCCACAGUGUCACUUGGUUUAAGUAUUUUAGUUUCUACCUUUUCUGUCUGUCUCUCUCUUCCAACUGUUUGACUUUUUAACUAUCUGAGCAAUAGUAUGAGCUGGUCCUGCAUUACUUGAUGCGCUGUUGGAUGGCGGCUGAUCUAAGGGAGGUGCAGAGGGUCCUGCAGUUACUCUUAUGUCUGUAUCCCUGAAGGUAACAUCAGUGUUCAGUAGCACGGUGGCAUAUUCUAUAAACGGCCAUAAACUGCCAAUGUGAUUAGCUGUUCUUUUUGCAUAAAGGCCAGCAAUUUUAAAAACACAACUCUCACUGAAAGAAAACCACUCAGCACUAAAUCCUCCUGUGAUUACUUGUAGGAGCAGUUUCUUUUUGGUUGGAUGCGGGUGCAAAUUAGCCCAUGCAUAGCACAUGGCAGCAGCCUGUCUUUCAACUUGGUUUGGAUGUUUAAGCUUGAUCUGACAUAUUUCAGAAUGUUUGAGCAUUAUAGCAUUACUAAGCAGUAGGAGAGUGUUGGAGCUUACAUUUGCGUGUAUUUUGUAAAUUUCUGCGCACAAGGCCUCAUCUAUUUUUGAUAUGACCGUUUUAACUUCCUCUGAGUCAUCUUGAGUCGUCGGUGGGGACCCAGAGAAAGACACACGUUGGCUUUUAGGUGUCUUUGGUGACUUUGGAGAGCAGACUUCUGAUGCUAUCUUUUCCCACUGUGAUGUGCACUUGCACGUUUACCGAUAUUCCUAAUUAGCUGUCCUUUUCCCGGAUUACAUGAUGUCCGUCAUCAUUUUCAUUUUUUUGGAGGAGAAUGACCCAGGUGGAAUUAAAAGUUUAUCUUUU